CGCCCCAUCCCGCGCCGCGGCACACAGCCCAUGCGCCGGGCCCUUUUCUCCCCGGGUCGUGUUUCCGGGCGGAGCGCGCGCCGGGGAACGCGUUGGAGCAUGGGAACUUCCCAAGCUUUGAAAGAGGGCAGGCGUGAGCGACCAUGGCGGGCCAGCGAGUCCCGGUACCUCGGCUCGAGGGUGUCUCCGAGGAGCAGUUCUUGCGAGAUCUCUACCCACAGAGAAAGCCCCUGGUGUUGGAAGGAAUCGAUCUGGGGCCCUGUACAAGCAAAUGGACAGUGGAUUACCUAAGCCAAAUCGGAGGGAAAAAAGAUGUAAAGGUUCACGUUGCCGCAGUUGCACAGAUGGACUUCAUUAGUAAGAACUUUGUGUAUAGAACAUUACCUUUUGAUGAGUUGGUCCAAAGAGCAGCUGAAGAAAAGCAUAAAGAAUUCUUUAUUUCAGAGGAUGAGAAAUACUACCUACGGUCACUUGGGGAAGAUCCUAGAAAAGAUGUUGCAGAUAUCAGAAAACAAUUUCCUUUAUUGGAAGCAGAUAUUAAGUUUCCAAAUUUCUUUAAAAAGGAGCAGUUCUUUUCCAGUGUUUUUCGAAUUAGCUCAUCAGGAUUACAACUUUGGACUCACUAUGACGUAAUGGAUAACUUCUUAAUACAAGUGACAGGAAAAAAGCGUGUGGUACUGUUCAGCCCUCGAGAUGCACAGUAUUUGUAUUUAUCAGGUACUAAAUCGGAAGUGCUGAAUAUAGAUAAUCCAGACUUGGCUAAAUAUCCACUCUUUUCCAAGGCCAGAAGGUAUGAAUGUUCCCUUAAAGCUGGUGAUGUAUUAUUCAUUCCUGCUUUAUGGUUCCAUAAUAUAAUUUCUGAAGAGUUUGGAGUGGGAGUGAAUGUCUUUUGGAAGCACCUUCCAUCUGAAUGCUAUGAUAAAACAGAUACCUAUGGAAACAAAGAUCCUACAGCAGCAUCAAGAGCUGCACAAAUUUUGGACAGAGCCUUAAAAACACUGGCUGAAUUACCAGAGGAAUACAAGGAUUUCUAUGCACGGCGAAUGGUCCUACAUAUUCAAGACAAAGCCUACAGCAAGAACUUUGAGUAAAGAAUGAAAUGAAUAGAAGGAAUAUAAACAUUUUCAUAAAUUUAGCACAAAUAUUGGGAAACUAUAAUAUAUAUUUUAAAUUUUAGAGAUUUAUGCUUUGUUAAAAUAGGGAAGAUAAAUCAAUCUCACAUUUCCAGAUUAAAUAAGUUAAAGGGAUGUUUGCAUGGUCUCUACUUGAUACAGAUGGUUAUAAAAAAUUCUGUUUUGGGACUUUUCUAUAGUUCUCUGGUGCAAAUAAUGAAAAAUUCAAUUGUAGAAGUACUUAAUACAAAAAUGUAUGUUUCACUUCAUAAUACAUGAAGUCUACUGAUAGUAUAGGCUGCAGUGUUUCCAAUCCAGUGAUUCAGUAAUGUCAUCAAAAAACCUCAGGAUUCACCCCCCGCCCCCAUCUCCCCCUCACUCCCCUUUCAACUACAACAUUGGCACCAACCUAAGGCUGGCUACCCUCGUGGUCAUGGGAUGAUUGCCAGCCGCAGUUGGGGCUUUGUGCAUCUUCAUUUAUAUGCAAUGGAAGAGGCAGGCUAGAUGCCAAGGGCCCUGUGUUAAUAUGAGAAAGCUUUCCCAGAAUUCACUACCAAAUCUUGGGUCACACUGCUCUAAAGUGACUCAGAUUUGUCCAUCACUGAGCCAGUUAGGUCUGUGGAGCUGGGAGUAGAAUCCUAUUCCUUUGAGGCACAUGAAUUGUGCAGCAUACGGCUGGAGAAUGGAUAAUUUGUUUAAAUAAAUGUACUGACAGGAAAAAAGGUAUGCAAGCUGCAGUAUAUACCACAUUUGCCUAGAAUCAGAAUCUUUUGAGGAACUUUGUUAAAAGAUGCAGAUGCCUAGUCUAGCCUUGUAGAGUUUGAUUCAGUAUGUUAGAUUUGGUUUAAGUACCUAAUGCACCUCACAGGGUUCUGGUGCAUAAUCAGCACUGAGAAUCAUUGGAUUUGAUGACAGUGAUUUGGAUUACUUUGUGAUUUAUUCUAAACAUUUAAUCUGAUCCUGGUUUUUCUGCCACCCAUUAUGUCAGAUGUGUCCCAUUUUUUCAUUUUCCAAUCAUAGAAAACAAAUUAAUACCUAUAUUUACACCUUAACCUAACUAAAAGCUUUUCCCCACUAAAUUUUUUAUAUAUCCCCUUUUAAAGAAAAAAAUAUUUUUAAUUUUAAGGAUGAAUAAAUGAGUGAUCCUAUAAUGUUGUCAUUUAAGAAAUGACACUGAGAAAGAUUUAAAAAUAUAAAAACCAAAGACAUUGAGUCAUUGAGAAAAAAACAAAUAUAUUUACUAAAGACAAAUGUACCCAAGUAGAGCAAUUUCUGACAUCAAUUUGGUAGAUUAAUUAGAGAUAAUAAUUUUCUCUAAUGAAGAUAAUCUUAUCCUCAUGUACUAUGGAGCUAGAUUAAUUUUAGGCAUAAAAAACUGUAGUAAACUACAAAGGAAAAAUAAAUAAAAAUUCUAAAUUUCCUAAGCAUCUUUGGGAAGAUAUGUUGAAGUUACUGAGGACAACAGAGGGGAAAAAAGUCUUGCAGUAAAGAAAUUGUUUUAAUAUAUUAGCCAGAGCUAAUGAUCAGAUUUUGAUCUUUGGUAACUUUUAGCCCAAGCAAAAUAUUUUAUUUAGUGUUGCUUUUUCCAUUACGAAAUGAAAAAGACAAAACCACUUUCAGGUUGCACAGUAUGUAUAUAUAUAUGUGUGUGUGUAUUUACAUAUAUAUAUAUAUAUAAAAAUAUGUAUUUAACUUUUAAUGAGCUUUGUUUUUCUCUUAACCAGUAAGAGAAUCAGGGUAAAGUUCAAAUCCAGAGUCACAUAAGAACAAGUAUACUUGGAAGUGAAAUGGAUUGCAAUUUGCCCAUUUUAUUUUCACUUAAUUUAAUAAGGAAGCAAACUGGGUGACCUUAAGCAAACUAAAUAACCUGUUUAAUAAACUGUUUUACUAAUUUUUAAAAUAGUUGAUCUAUACUGUACUUCCUAGGGUUGCUAUAAAAAAUGCAGCUAAUUCAAGGGUAGGUAACACAGUUGAUGACUGCUAGUUACUCCAUUUCUAGUCCCUUCUUACUGAAAGAUUUGAAGUAACUCCUGCUGCACUAUUAAAUUACUACAUUUAGGAAUAGGUGUUUGGUUGCUGGUUGAGACACUGGUGCCUGACAUCAGAGUACCUAAGUUCAACAGCCUGCUCCAGCUCAUGAUUCCAGCUUCUUGCUAAUGCAGACUGUGGAAGGUAGCAAGGAUGGCUCAAGUAAUUGGGUUCUUGCCACCAGUGUGGAAGACCUAGAUUGAGUUCCCAGCUUCUAACUUUCCCAGCCUAGUCUCUCCAUUAUGGGUAUUUAGAAUGACCCAGCAGUUAGAGGGCUUGCUCUGUCACUUUGCCUUUCAAAUAAACAAAAAUGUAAAAUUAAAUUACAUUAUUUAGAAAGCUGGAACUGGGAGGUUUUAAAGUUACUUUCCUGGUCAUAAUUGUAAUGUUAGGGUCUGUUUAUUUUAAAUACAUACUAUUAAUCUUUUUUGUCUGCUGAGUGAAGACCAAAUGAUAUGUUUGCUUGUACUGUGUAAAAUAACAGAUUGUUAGUUGCAGCUUCUCAAUUUUAUUGUUGAAAAGAUUUUGGAAACCACUUCAUCAACCCAGAUUGAAUAGGUUGGUGUCCAGGCUUGCACAACUGUGAGUGACAGAAAUGGGGAUUACAGUUGAAGUUAUUAGAUCAGAAAUUCUUCAAUUUUUUUUUUCCUUUAUGUGCAGCACAUCUCACAGAUGCUUCUGAAUACAUAGCUCUUCUGUGGCUUAAUAGUCUGGGGGCUUGACCCAACACAGAAAAGGAAUUAUUUCCUUCUUCCAGCAAAUCACCUCACUACACUGCUUGCUAUACAGACAAGGCUUCAAAGUAAAAUUAAUGAAUACAAGUGGACAUCAGUGUAAUACAAAAAUGGAAUGUCACCCACAAAGAAUGAGGCAGAGGAAUAUGUACUAGCAUAGGAUUUUCCCAAUGUUAUUACAUGAAAAAUAGGCUUGAAAUUGGGCUGCCAUUUGUUUAACAGGAUGUGCUGUGUGUAAACAUUUAUAUGCAUAUGCACAGAAUUAUAUCUACAACAAUACACGAGAAACCACUCAUAGUGGUUGCCUCUAAAAGACUGAAUAGCUAGGUGGGACAACUGGAAUUUGCUAUUUUUUUUUUAUUGGAAGUUUCUUUCACAUUAGUUGUUCAAAGUAAUUUUCAAAAUACUACGUAUGGAGGGGGCCGGUGCCGUGGCUCACUUGGUUAAUCUCCACCUGCGGCGCCGGCAUCCUAUAUGGGCGCUGAGUUCUAGUCCUAGUUGCUCCUCUUCCAGUCCAGCUCUCUGCUGUGGCCUGGGAGUGCAGUGGAAGAUGGCCCAAGUGCUUGGGCCCCUGCAUUCGCAUGGGAGACCAGGAGGAAGCACCUGGCUCCUGGCUUCAGAUUGACAUAGCUCUGGGUGUAGCAGCCAUUUGGGGGGUGCAUCAACUGAAAACCUUUCUCUCUCUCUCUCUCUCUCUGUAACUCUACCUGUCAAAUAAAUGGAAAAAAAAACAACAGAAAAACCACGUGUGGAGAGUAAUUAUUAGCAUUUCAAAUUAGCAGUAUUUAUCUUGGUACAUGAAUACACUAGAAUUAUUUUUAUUCAGGAGUCAAUUUUAAACUUCUCAAUUUCAUGAAAUAUCAAAACAAGCAAAACAAAAUGAAUAAGGCUUGUAUCCUUCAUCCAUUUGAACAACAGCUAUAUGAACAUUUGGGAAGAACUUUAGUUAAUAAGCCUUGCUCUCACCUAUAAAAAGUUGCUAACAGACACUGAGGCUGAAUUUAAAGAGUUGACCAAAAAAAUACACAGGAAACUGGAUGGCAGGUCUGAUGGAAUUGGAGCUGUGCUGUAUGACUCCUUUCCCCACUGCUAAAAAGCAGAAGGAACUAACGUAGAUUGGCAGUCACUUACACAGCUCCUGUGUUACCUUUCUCUUGUUUUGAGCACAUAAGCUUAGGUGUCUUAAAUAUACCUAAGUUAUAUCCCGUUGUUUUUUUUUUUUUUUUUAACAAAAACCAGGUUCACUAAAUGGGAUACUAAAAAGACCAUUUUAAGUCAUUGCCUGCCUCUUCAACCAAGAGCUUGCUAGGCCUCUGCCUUUUUAGAGAAACUCGAGUUUACAGAUGAGGUCAGUCAACAUCACAUCCUCUGUUGCAUAUCUUAAAGGAGCUUAAAUUUAUGAAUACCUCUUUUUGCUUCAUAUUUUACUUGAACCUUUAAUCCAUUACAUAUUUCAUAUUAAUUAACAUGCUGGGACUUUGUGCUGUACUGUCAUGGUCUAAACCAUGACAGGUACUGAGAGGUACUGAGAUGCUACAUGAAUGAAGUAAAGAAUAGAUCACAGGACAUUCUCCUUAAGAGCUAAAGAAAUGCAGAUACCUGAGUUCUCUAAGAAAUUCAGCAGAAUAAAAAGGAUAUAAUGCAAAUUCUAUGGAGCAAUUUAAAAGAGAAAAGAAAUGAAUUCAUUUGGGAAAAAAAAACAUGUAAAGUAACAAAAACAUAUGGACACCCAAACUGACAACAUGGACACAAAUCGCUUCCUUUCAAAUAAUGAGCUGAACUUUUUAACACUGCUAAUAAUAUAAAACACAUCCAAACAAAUGUGGAUUAUUACUUUUAAUACAAUUAUACAUUCAUGCUUUGGGGGUAACAACUUUCACAGCAUUUGUAAGACUACUUUUCUCAACUGACUCACAACAAAGGCACAAUUCAAAAGGAUACACUAACAAUUACAGUAACAAUUUUAAACAAAGGUGGAGAAAGGACCAGUUUGAAAUGUUAAGACUGAAAACAUCUGAGUAUUGAUCAACUUGAUAUAUAUAUAUUUUUUAUUUUUUUUUCCAGAAAAUAAUUUUACUUUCCCUUGUUUUCUUAUUUUGAGAUGAUGGAAGUUCUGUAUUCUCAGUGAGUUAUUCUUAAUAUCCAUUCAACAUACAAAAAUUGUAAUUAAGCAUUCACAGGACUGGAUAGCUGAAGCACCCAGAUUUUUAAAUACCUGAAAAUUUUUAAAUGAAUGUCCUCUGAAAGUCCUGCCUUUUCAUUUGUUAAUCCUAUGAAAAUAAAUGUCCUUCCUUCCCCACUCCAUAGAACAGUCAGUAACUCAGCUAUUUUACAUUAGAAAAAAGAACUUAACCUAGGAUUAUUAAAUUGAAAAAAAGCCAUCCAAUCAUAGUGCUUUGAAGGUACAAUAUGCUAAAAUCAGGCUGACUUGAUAGAAAUAUUUGGUCUCAAAAGAAACAGCAGGUAUUUAAAGAAACUGAAGUAAUACAAAACUAUUUUAUCUUAAAAAAUACACUUCUGUAGUGUAUAAAAUUAUUAAAACACCAAAAAGAUUUUUAAGCAUUUGGUAAGAAUCUUAUGAAUCUCUGAAUACUUGGAAUGUAUGUAUAGAGUCAUUAAGUGUAAUUCUGAGAAGAAACCAAGAAGUUAACAUUUUUGUUUUAUGUUGUUUUGUAAAUAUAGGUCCUCUGGAUUAAAAGUAAGCCUCAGUGUAUUUUUUCUCAGUCCUAAAGCAGCAUGUUACUUCCCUGCUUAGUUACCUCAUGACUUGCAAAAGCUAAUUAUUAAUAAACAACAAAAAAGUGACUGGUCACCUUUUAUUGUAAACAUACUACUGUUUCAAAGUAGGCUGAAAUUCAUUAGAUCUUGGUUUCUCAAAAUGUAUUUAUCUAGGUCAAGAAAAACGGGCAGAAGGAAACUUCCCCCAAAUUAUGUAGCAGUGUUAAGCAAAUUCAGUUUUUGAGCCAAAACUAAAUCAUUUGUGUCUUCAAACUUUCCCUUAUAACUUUUCUUAUAGCAAUAUAAUUUUGCAUUUUGGCCAAAGAGAGCUAUUUUCUUUUGGCAGACAAAAUCAUGCUUCUAGAGGAACAUUGAUUUAGGUCUGUGGAAUCUGUCUCCUUUUCAAUGGAGCACUAACAAAUACAGCAUUAUAUAUUUACUUUACCAAAGUUGAUCUCUUUCAAAAGAUUGAUAUAAUGAAAAAUCUGAAAUCUGCUCUGUAGUAUAUUUUUAUCCAAUAUACAUAAUUAUGCUCAAUUUAAACCAGUUUUUCCAAAACAACUGGUUUUUGGCCAAGAUUCAAGAAACCCCAAACUGUCUUAUCCAAAAUAAUAAAUUAAAAAUUGUCAAUUAAAAAUUAAGCCAUGGGGUCAGCAGCUGGCCUAGAGGUUAAGUCACUGAUUGAGAUAUCUGUAUCCCACAUUGGAGUACCUGGGUUCAGUGCCUGGCUCCAGCUCCCACUUCUUCUUUCUACCAAUUUAAACGCUGAGAGGCAGUGGUGGUGGCCCAAAAAAUUGGGUUCUUGCCACCCACAUGGGACACCCAGACCGAGUUCUGGGCUCGCAGCAUCAGCCUGGUCUGGUUGCAGCAGCCCCACGCUUUUGGGUAGUGAGCCAGUGAUAGGAGCUCUUUCCCUGUCUCUCAAAUAAAUAUUUAAAAAGAAAAAUUAAGCCACAGUACUGAGGUGUAAUAUUAAAAAAAAAAAACCUUUACACUAUUGCACAUUCUUA